AUGAAUCCCCCUCCAGUCCCAUCCUCCAUCCGUGGAAGAGGAAAGUCCAGGCAUUCCAAAGGAGAUGGAGAUACCGCUGAGACAAGCAUCAGUUGGCAGGCAGAUGUCCAACGUACCAACAAGCUGGUCGAUUACCUCGUCAACAAUAUGGCGGAUUGUUGCGUCCUAUUCUCUAGCGAGGGGAAGAAACCUAGUGAUCCUAACAUCGAGGGUCCUCCAUUGGGCAAAGACAAGAACGCAAUCCAUGCGGUGAUGUUAAGACCGUACUCAAGUAGUAUCGGAUCCGAAGGCUUCGGCCUCAGCUCGCAGCUCUGUUCAUCCCCCCCGCAAUGUAACAUCCCUUCCACCAGCACUGCCACUUGUAGUGGAACAGGCGUCCCACAAUUCAACUACCCUCCCCCUCCCCAUCCCCCACCUUUGCAGUUUGCCCCCCAUCAAUUCGACUUCGCUCCCCCUCACCAAGGUGGUCAACCAGGCAGCGUCACUGGUUCCCACCCACAGUGGAGUUACAUCUCUCCCCAAAGCGCCCACCCUGGCGGUGUUCCUGCUCCCCAAUUCAACUUCCCCCUCCCACAAAAUGCCCAACCAGGGAAUGCUUCUGGCUCUCUGCAGCACUGGAAUUUUGGCCUCCCUCCCCAAGGUGCUUAUACUGGUGGUGUCACUGGCUCUCUCCCCACUCCCCAAUUCAACUUUGCCCCCCCUCCACAGAGUGUUCAAGCAACCAGCACUUCUGGCUCUCCACAACGCUGGAAUUAUGACCUCUCUCCCCAAGGUGGUCAGUCACAAAGCCGCAACACAUACUCCCCAGGCCCUCCGACACUUUCAGACUUUCCCGGAAUGGAUGACGACAACGAUAACCCCCUUGCUGAUGAUAUGGAAGACCUGCGUAUCGAUGAGUCAGUCGGUCGUCAUGAUGACGACAAUGUCUUCAAUUUGAACAGCCCACCAAAAUCCAAAUGGGGCGGCAAGAAAUGCCAGCAGCCUCCAUCUUAUCCAACUCCGUCCCCCCCCCACAUUUGUCAAAUGGGCAGAACGCACCAAGCUGACGGUCGCAACUUGCAUUAG